AUGGUACAGUCAUCAGUCCUCGGGUUCCCCCGCAUGGGUGCGGACCGUGAGCUCAAGAAGGCGAACGAGGCAUACUGGGCAGACAAGCUCUCGCGGGACGAACUCCUCAAGGAGGGCAAGCGUCUCCGAUUGGAGCACUGGAAGAUCCAGAAGGACGCCGGCGUCGACGUCAUUCCCAGCAACGACUUUGCCUUCUACGACCACCUUCUCGACCACAUCCAGCUGUUCAACGUUAUCCCAGAGCGCUAUUCCAAGAACAAGCUGCACCAGCUCGAUGAGUACUUUGCCAUGGGCCGUGGCCACCAGAAGGAGGGCGUCGAUGUUCCCAGCUUGGAAAUGGUCAAGUGGUUCGACUCCAACUACCACUACGUCAAGCCCACCUUCCAGGACGGCCAGACAUUCAAGCUUUCCGACAACCCCAAGCCCGUCGCCGAGUUCCUCGAGGCCAAGGAGGCUGGCAUCGUCACCCGCCCUGUCCUCAUCGGACCCGUCUCUUUCCUCGCUCUUGGCAAGGCCGACCGCGACCAGUCUGUCGACCCCAUCUCCCUCCUCGAGAAGCUUCUGCCCGUAUACGUAGAGCUCCUCCAGAAGCUGAAGGCAGCUGGUGCCGAGACGGUUCAAAUUGAUGAGCCCGUCUUGGUCUACGAUCUGCCGCAGAAGGUCAAGGAUGCCUUCAAGCCCGCAUAUGAGAAGCUCACUGGCAGCAACCUGCCCAAGAUCAUCCUCGCCACCUACUUCGGUGACGUUGUCCACAACUUUGACGUCUUCCCCAGCAUCCAGAAUGUCCUCGGUAUCCACGUCGAUCUUGUCAGGAACCCCGAGCAGCUUGAGAGCGUCAUCAGCAAGCUUGGCUCCAACCAGGUCCUUUCUGCUGGUGUCGUCGACGGCCGCAACAUCUGGAAGACCAACUUCCAGAAGGCCAUUGAGCUCGUCGAGACUGCCAUCCAGAAGCUCGGCAAAGACCGUGUCAUCAUCGCCACCUCCAGCUCUCUCCUCCAUACCCCCCACUCCCUUGAGAGCGAGAAGAAGCUCCCCGAGGAGGUCAAGGACUGGUUCUCCUUCGCCGUGCAAAAGGUUGCCGAAGUCGUCGUCAUCGCCAAGGCUGUCAACGAUGGCCCUGCCGCUGUCCGCGAAGCUCUAGAGGCCAACGCCAAGUCGAUGAAGGCUCGCGCUUCAUCUGAGCGCACCAACAACAAGGCUGUCAAGGACCGCCAAGCUAGCGUCACCCCAGAACAGCAUGAGCGCAAGUCCGCCUUCCCUGAGCGAUAUGCUCAGCAGAAGAAGCACCUCAAGUUGCCCCUUUUCCCCACCACCACCAUUGGCUCAUUCCCCCAGACCAAGGAGAUCCGUGUCCAGCGCAACAAGUUCACCAAGGGUGAGAUCACUGCCGAGCAGUACGAGAGGUUCAUCGAGAAGGAGAUCGAGGACACUAUCAAGAUCCAAGACGAGCUCGACCUCGAUGUCUACGUCCACGGCGAGCCCGAGCGUAACGACAUGGUGCAGUACUUUGGUGAGCGCCUCGAUGGUUACGUCUUCACCACCAAGGGCUGGGUUCAGUCCUAUGGCUCUCGCUGUGUCCGCCCUCCGAUCAUCGUCGGUGACAUCUCUCGCCCUGCUCCCAUGACCGUCAAGGAGUCCAAGUAUGCCGCCUCCGUCGCCAAGAAGCCCAUGAAGGGCAUGCUUACUGGUCCCAUCACCUGCCUGCGAUGGUCUUUCCCUCGUGACGAUGUCCACCAGUCUGUUCAGGCUCAGCAGCUUGCCCUCGCGCUCCGCGACGAGGUUGUUGACCUUGAGGCUGCCGGCAUCUACGUCAUUCAGGUCGACGAGCCUGCCCUCCGUGAAGGUCUUCCCCUCCGUGCUGGCACUGAGCGUGAGAAGUACCUCUCUUGGGCCGUCGACUCUUUCAAGCUUUCCUGCGCCGGUGUCCAGGACUCGACCCAGAUCCACUCUCACUUCUGCUACUCCGAGUUCCAGGACUUCUUCCACGCCAUUGCCGCCCUCGAUGCUGAUGUCCUCUCCAUCGAGAACAGCAAGAGCGACGCCAAGCUCCUCAAGGUCUUUGAGGACAAGGCUUACCCCCGCCACAUCGGUCCCGGUGUCUACGACAUCCACUCGCCGCGUGUUCCCUCCGAGCAGGAGAUCAAGGACCGCCUCGCUGAGAUGCUGACCUACCUCAAGCCUGAGCAGCUCUGGGUCAACCCCGAUUGCGGCUUGAAGACCCGUCAGUGGAAGGAGACCAAGGCCGCGUUGACCAACCUUGUCAACGCCGCCAAGUUCUACCGCGAGAAGCACUCUUCUUAG